ACGGCGCCAGCGCGGCGGCCCGAGCGCACGAGUGAGGCGCAGCCCCGGUCCCGGCCCCGCCGCCCGUCCCGUCCCGGCUCGUCCCAUCCCGCCCGGCCGCCGCCGCCUCGCAGGAGCCGCGUGGAGUUCGAGCCGCUGCCCCUGUCCGCAGCCCCUCCGCGCGCGGCGGAGCGCACGGCGCCAUGCCGAAGAAUAAAGGUAAAGGAGGUAAAAAUAGGCGACGAGGUAAGAAUGAGAAUGAGUCGGAAAAAAGAGAACUGGUGUUCAAGGAAGAUGGGCAAGAAUAUGCCCAGGUGAUCAAGAUGUUAGGCAAUGGAAGACUGGAGGCACUAUGUUUUGAUGGUGUGAAGAGGUUAUGUCAUAUUAGAGGGAAACUAAGAAAAAAGGUUUGGAUAAAUACAUCUGAUAUUAUAUUGGUUGGCUUAAGAGACUACCAGGAUAACAAGGCUGAUGUUAUUCUAAAGUACAAUGCAGAUGAAGCCAGAAGUCUGAAAGCAUAUGGGGAGCUUCCAGAACAUGCUAAAAUCAAUGAAACAGACACAUUUGGUCCUGGAGAUGAUGAUGAAAUCCAGUUUGAUGAUAUUGGAGAUGAUGAUGAAGACAUUGACGAUAUCUAAUUUGGAACAGAGGUUUACAUUCCGACUUUUUUCCUCCAAGGAUUGUUCUACAUUGAUAUUUCGAUUAUUUUUUGGGUGAAGUCCCUUUCUUUUAAGAAGACUGAAAAUUCUCGGUAAAGAGUGUAGUUUGUUACAUCAAAAGGAUUUAUUUUCAGUGUUUGUUUAAAGUAUUUAUAUUUCUUUAGAAAUGGAUAAUGCUGGAUUAUCACAAAGGUUCAAUGAAAUGCCACAAAUAUCUUGUCUCUUCACCAAUUAGAGCUUUUACCUCUGGAUGUAAGUGAGAUACAGUGACAUGGGCUGUAAAAGACUGCAUUUUUUCCCCCUCUUCUGCUUUCGUCACUACAAUUCCAGUUAAACUUGUAUUUUGAAAUAAAAAUUCUUUGCCCUGUAA